CCGACAGUACAUUGAGUUUUCGGACAGUAGACUAGUGAUGAGGACUGACCAGCCUGCAGCGAGUAGCAAGUAUUCUAAUUAACAGAUCGCACGCAGCUUUGAAGAUGGCAUGCGAGCGCCGCAAGCGCGGGAUAGCCUGCACAUCCACUAAAUGAAGUCUGAGACAUGCCGGAGCAUUUUGGAGAAAUUCUGCAGAGGUCCUGUGUCUGUUUGUGCUAGCAAACCGGUGGACACAGAUGCAAGGGCGAGGCUACAAGAAAAAUAAGCGUCAAGGGACGGCUAUUUUGGACUUUCUAUGCAGUCACCCUCCCCCAAUCCAUGCAACGUAAUUUAAAAUUAUGUCCUUUAUAGACUUAAAUGAUGACCAGAGAUGGGUGCCUACACAUGUGAAUGUAACUGUCCUUCGUGCAAGGGGUUUGCGGACUAAGGGCAAGCACGGGGGUCGCCGUUAUGUUUACACAAUCAUUCAGGUGGGGAAGGAGAAAUACACCACUGGUUUGGUCGAGAAGGCGACUGUGCCAGAGUGGAAUGAGGAAUGCUGUUUCGAACUUCUACCCGGAAUACUGGAGGAUGGGCUUCGCAGUGCUUUUCCCUCAGGGAGCGGUGACUUGGUCCUCACCAUUAUGCACCGGGUGCUUAUCGGACUUGACGUGUUUCUUGGUCAAGCAAUCCUCCCUUUGGAUAAAAUAUUUCAAGAUGGAAUAUGCCCGAGAGAUGAAUGGCUCAAACUCAACUCCAAGGCCGGCCGGAAGGAGAAGGAGCGCGGCGAGAUCCAGGUGACGGUCCAGUUCACCCGCAACAACCUGACAGCCAGCAUGUUCGACCUAACCAUGAAGGACAAGCCACGGUCUGCCUUCGGCAAACUUAAGGACCGUGUGACGGGGAGGAAGAUCGGCGACAUGGAGUCCUCAUCAGCCAUCGUGCCGGGACGCUUCGCCGCCCUGUCAGGUUCCCUAGGAAAACCAUUCCGAGAGGGGGACCGAGGGGAAGGGGGAGAGGACCCUGUGGAGGUAGCCGAGGAGGAGCAGAGCAAGUUGAAGGAUUUCUUCAAGGGGAAGGGAAAGCUGAGGAGUUCGUCCGACACAAGGUCGUGCUCGUCGCUGGCCUCAGAGAGCAGCAUGUUGUCCUUGACCAGUGAGAGGCCCUGUCCCCCUCCUCUGGACCUAGGCAUCCUGGUGGACCCUUCCAGUCCCCCCAGCUCCCCCAUCUACAGCAACAAGGUCAAAGUUGACACCCACCACAGAGACACAGACCUAGCUAAAAAAGUGCUCAACAACACACAAUCUUCCCCAAAGAUACUGACUCACAAUCGAUCCCUCAGCGAUGAGGCAAGUAGGAUCACCACUACUGCCGUUCCCCAGCCCUGUCCUGCAGUGGAAUCCCUCAAAGGUCAGGGUAUGACUCCCUUCCAAUCCCCUCUGUGCAGCAACGGAAGCCACAUCUACGGAUCCGAACCAGUGGGUCCCAAGGGCUCAGGCACCCUCCCAUCCAAGCUGGUCCUCCUUGAGAAGUCCUCCCCCCUCUCUUGUUCGCUGCAGAACCUCACAAAGCAGAGCGAGGACAAUGGUUCAGCCGGUGAGGGACGGCGCUGGUCCUUCGACAAGGUGAAUAAGGAAGAUGAGUACGUGGAGAAGGAGGCCGAACCUCAUGUCUCCCAGGUUCAAAGCGCACAGGUGGGGGGUCGUCCUGUGCUGGCAGCUGCCUCAAUGCUGUCUUCCACCACCACGGUGGACUCAGCAGACAAAAGGAAAAAGCUAAGAAAGUCGUUAUUCUCCGGAGGGAAGAGUGAUUCUCUACCUGCCAAGUUGGCGCCAAGCCAGGGUUGUCCUCUCACUGACGGGAGACUGCGAGGCUGGUUUGGCUCCUGUGACUCCCAGAACAAGCCAUGGCUGGAAGUUUCUUCUAAGGUAGAAAGCGACUCAGACACCCCUCCUCCCCUCCCCCCUCGCUCCCCCAUUCCCACCCAGUGCUCUUCUUCCACUGGCCAUGCCUCACCCGACAGUGGCCAUCCCACUAACACCUUCACCCCCUCUCUGACACCCAACCCCAUCUCUCCCUCCAACCCCUUCCUCCCACGUCUGCAGUGUAACCCCUUUUUUGAGGACCUCAUAGCCGAAGAGGCCCGGAGGUCCCCCCCUUGCGCCACCUGUCAUUCCACAGCUUUGCCUUGCAUCCCCAGUACCGCCCACGAUGUCGCAGUGCCAAAGAAAAUGGCCGCCAUACGGCGUGAGCGGCCCAGGCCUGUAGCCAGGCAGACAUCCCUCCCUGCCUUACUCCCGAGAGCGGUGACUGCCAGCCCCCCGAAUCCGUUCACCUCUCGCUCCAUAUCAGAGAGCUUGGGAAGAGAAUGCGACGAGUCCUUUGACGCCUUUGCGUCCAGCAGACUGAAUUCGCCAAAGAGCUCUCCUACCAAUCACCCUUCGAAUACAACCUCGUGGCAAGCUCAAGUAAGAAGCACUCCUUCACAUAAGGGUAACACUAUUCCACCCAUUGAGGAGAUGCGGAUGAGUGAAGAAGAAGCAGAGCCUCCACCGUUGCCUCCACGGAGGCCCAUAACAAGACCUUUGGUAAACAAGAGAUCUUCUGACAGCUGGUUGCACAGGGGUCAGGAGCUGGCUGUGCAGAAAGAGGCCUGUCUCCUGUCACAAACGGGCGCAGCUUCCCUGCAGCACACAAGAGAAGGCGGGCACAAGAAAUGCACACCAAGUCCCCACCUGUACCCAAGCUUAGGCAAAGACCUUCUCGUCAGCAGUGACAUGUCGGACUUUCAUACCGAACACUCACAGCAUUAUGCCAAUAUUUCUCCAGAGUCUCCAUCUCCAUUCAAGUCUGAAGAUGACUUUAAGAAGUUUGACUAUGAACCAUUGCGAGAUGAAGAUGAUAGCUGUAAAUGUAUGUUUACUGAGCAGGACUUAUGGCCAGAUGCAACAGAAAACAAUCUAGACCCGAAUGUAAAGGAUUCGAUAAUAUUGUUAGCCUCAGAGGAUACCACGGACACCAGUCCCACUGUUAGAGAAGACGCCAUUGUAAAGAACACUUCACAUUCUGAAAUCAAAGCCUUAUCUCUACCAGUAAUGCUUCUUGAUAGUGAAAUGACUGUUGCCGACCUACUGUAUAUGUCUUCCCCAAAACACUCUAAAUCCAGUCUUAAGACGCUUGACAUUGCGUCAAUUACACCAGACCCAACAAUGGAAUUAUUUUCAAUUCACCCAGAUAAGCCUACCAAGUCCAGAAACAUCCAUCAUGAAUCGCCUCCACUAACCUUGGAAGAUCUAAAUAAAAAUCUAAGUAACUCUGAUUUUAGUUUUAUUGACUCUGCUUCUGAUGCUUCCCCAUCUCCAUCUGAAAUGAUUCCAGUGCAUACCCUCAAAAGUUUAGGUGGCAUUUUUCCUCAACCUCCACAAGUUACUCACAUAGCAUCUUCUGCUCAUGAUAUACGGCUAUCUGCAGAGGAUAUGCUAACUUUUCAGAAGCCUAGUACUAUAGACGUCAACUCUGCCCUAAAAGCACAUUUACCAGAAGCCUUGCUUUGUCAAGACAAUUGGCAAGAUGGAGGUUGUGAAUUGAACACAUCAGGCAGAGAUCCUGCAAGCAAUAAGAACAAUAGCAUUUUUACGCCUAACAGUCUUAACAUUGAGUCUGAAGACAUCACUAGAGACACUGUAGAUAUAAAACACACACAAUCUCCACUGAAUAGAAAAGGCAACAUUUAUAAAUCAAAGAUAGACAGUUCAAUAGUAGACCCUUCAUGUCACAUUAGAACUUCUCCAGUUUCUCCACAGAUUGGAAUGCAACAGGAAGUUGUACGCAAUAAACAGGAAGUGAGUCAGCCUCUGGUCAAACGAACCAAGCCUGUCAAAGAGUCUUCACCAAGGGGUGCUAGUUCACACAGAAGUCUCAAGGGAAUGAUACGAGAGCUCUACGGCAACGGUGGUGCAAAUAGCCCUGGCAAAGGAUUGCGUGAGAGCCCUCUUCACCAAUCACUGUCUCCUGGGCAUGUACUCACAGAGAGCAUUGAAGUACCCUUCUCAAAUCAACCCACCAAAUCAAAUUUUUUGUCACCAGAUAGAGAGACAACAUUCAAGGCAGCUAAAUUAUUUGUUUCCUUGCAAAAAACAAACACAAAUAGUUCCACUCAGUCAAUUACAAAAGAAAACUGCGUAACGGAACGUUCCCCAUCCAAACAUACCGGGACCAUCAGCUUCGAAGACCUCCAUGCCAAAGUAGCCCCAAAUGUCAGAAGCCCCAUGAGUGCCAGGUUAAGGCCUGGUGUCUCUCUGCAUGCUUCCAGUCCCUCCUCUGUGGCCCCCUCCCUGGUGACUGAAACUAAUGCCCAGGCUAAGCUACUCCCCACCCCCGGGCCCUCCUCCAUACAUCACUCCCCAAUCUUGAGACCCAGCACCGGAGCCAAUGCCACCUUGGCUAUUGCCCCCUGCACCUCUUCCUCCUUCUCCUCCUCCUCUUCUACCUCCUCCACCACUGUCCAGCCCCUGGUCGAUGCACGGCACACACUUUUACCUGAGGAGACCCAGCCAGCUAGCAGCCUGCCCCGACAAGAGAGCAGACCUCACCCAGUGAAGCCUUUGACCACCACAGCCAGUCAGGGGGAGAAGAAAGAGUUCCGGUCAUUUCUAGAGAAGCUCAAGUCUUCCAUCCACUCAGGCCUCGCCGCCAAGCAGACGCUGGCUGAGGCUGAGACUGAGAUUGUGGAAUCAUUAACGGACAGGUCUGCCCAGUACGAGCAGCUGACCAAAAUGGAGCUGAUCUCCCUUCUGCUGCAGCAGCAGAUGGAUAUGGAGAACCAGAAGGUAGCCUCAGAACAGCAGGCGGUGCCGCUUAAGAAACACGAGGCGGAGAUGAAGAAGAUCAAGGCGCAGGUGCGCGACCUGGAGGACUACAUCGACAGGCUGCUGGUGCAGAUCAUGGAGCAGACACCCACACUCCUUCAAGUGUGCUCCCGACACAAGUGACCGCUAGUGCUAGUAUAAUAUAGGGCCAUGGUCACCAUCAAACCCUAGUCCCAGAGAGCUACCAGGAGGAGCAGACUCUUGUUCCAGCUCAGUCCCUGAUUAAGUCUUGAUGGUUAGUUGUUUAGCUGAACCAGAAGUUAUAGUGCAGGGCUGAAACAAAAGCCUACACAUCCAAGUAGUUCUUUCCAGACCAGGGUUGGUGAUCACUUCUCCAGGGGCAGGUGUAGUUCAACACAUCCCUAAGCAAAAAGUAAAUCUCACAACCAUCCAGGUUUCACUGCUGAUACCCUGCCUCGUUGAUAAAAGACACAAUAUUGCCCACUGUGCAUGCUUGCUAUAGCUCAAAUGUCAGGCUGCAAGUACUAAUCAGAAACUGUAGUCUUAGCAAAUGUUACUGGUCACUUUACACUUGCUACUUAGUAUAAUGAAAGUGGCACAGCUUUUGUCAAAUGUACUGCAUUAGAAUUAUUAUACAUGUGCAUUGAGGAAGAAUACAGAAAAUGUAAUAUUCAGUGGUAUAAAUUGUUCUUACUUGAUAUGACAUUGCCUCAAAUUCAGAAAAACAUGUGUCUGAAUUAGUUUGAUAUGGACCCAAAUUAUCUUCAUCAUGGUAAAUACUGUAAUUAUUUGCCAUAAGACACUGACUCAAAAACAGACCGACUCGAGGAGAAUUCCACUGAAUUUCAAUUUGUUUACAUGGGGAAAGGUGAACUUGAGCUAGUGUCAUAUUUAGUAAAUAAUUAUGUAUUUUUUUUACUCUUCAUGGAUGAAGUGUGUGCAAAGAAUAAAUUAAUAAAUGUUAAUGUGGUAAGAUAGGUGUUACAAUGAAUUCAAAGGCAUUUAUUUAUGCUAUUUAAGUUACAUUUUCACAUUUUGGUUUGGAUUUGCAAAGCGAAUGUAUAUAAUUAUGUAUAUUGGUUUGUUUAUAUAAUUUUUGUAUGACAUUGCCUGUAUUAUUUAGUAUAGUACUUAAACUCCCACACAACUAGAAAUCCAGUUUUUCGAGCUGAAAGACAAUUGCCAGGGCUUACGCAUGACGUUGCACAACGAUGUAAGUCAAUAAGUAAUCGUUUUAAUCAAAGGAUGAUAUAUUUGGGCUUGAAGUGACGAAACCGACCUGCCCCCUCCCCUCGUGCAAUAUUAAUGCCAAUUAAUUAUUAUUUUUACAAUUCUUCAAGCUCUGUGAGGUUGGUAUUUGAUCAUUUUCAACUCUUGCCAUAGAUUUCAAGCUAAUUUAAGUCAAAACGGUAACAAGACCACACAGGAGCAUUCAAUGUUGUCUUGGUAAGCAAAUUGGGCCUUGUGUUUUAGGUUAUUGUCCUGCUGCAAGGCAAAUUUGUCUC